UCAGGUAGCUGACCUUAUUAUCGACUUACGAAAAUCCGAACGUAUGAGGCUCACCUAAUAAGAUUCAACGAAUCGUCGAAAUGCUCGAAGAAGAGAAGAGUAUGGUCUGGAAAAGUUGCGCACGAUCAAAAAGCACAACCAACAAUAUGGCAGAAAUAGUGUUAAAAGGGACUCCAAGGAGUGCUUGAAUUCUUGAGAACUAGAGUCUCAGAUCGAGAAUGAAAUAAAAAGUAGAAAAACUAGUUUUUAGUGAUCUUAAGUAAGGGGGAAGUUUUCAUGUUUAUUGUUUAGUUUCUAGGUAGCCAGUCUUUACUCGGCCCAAGCAAUGCCCAAGGACUCCCAUGUUUUUCUUGGUUGGACCAACCCAACCGGUUAUUUCCGUCUUCCGGAGAGCAAGAAUUCGUCUCUCUUUUUUUUAGGGGGGGAGCAGAGCAGUCAAAGAAUGAAGCAAACCAAAUGAUUGUUCUAGAAUGGUUAUUCCUCACAAUUGCUCCUUGUGAUGCAGCGGAACCAUGGCAAUUAGGAUCUCAAGACGCAGCAACCCCUAUGAUGCAAGGAAUAAUGGACUUACAUCACGAUAUAUUUUUCUUCCUCAUUCUGAUUUUGGUUUUUGUAUUACGGAUCUUGGUUCGCGCUUUAUGGCAUUUCCACUAUCAAAAAAAUCCAAUCCCGCAAAGGAUUGUUCAUGGAACUACUAUCGAGAUUCUUCGGACCAUAUUUCCUAGUAUCAUCCCUAUGUUCAUUGCUGUACCAUCAUUUGCUCUGUUAUACUCAAUGGACGAGGUAAUAGUAGAUCCCGCCAUUACUAUCAAAGCUAUUGGACAUCUGUAUCGGACUUAUGAGUAUUCCGACUAUAACAGUUCCGAUGAACAGUCACUCACUUCUGACAGUUAUACGAUUCCAGAAGAUGAUCUAGAAUUUGGUCAAUCACGUUUAUUAGAAGUGGACAAUAGAGUUGUUGUACCAGCCAAAACUCAUCUGCGUAUUAUUGUAACAUCUGCUGAUGUACCUCAUAGUUGGGUUGUACCUUCCUCAGGUGUCAAAUGUGAUGCUGUACCUGGUCGUUUAAAUCAGAUCUCUAUUUCGGUACAACGAGAAGGAGUUUACUAUGGUCAGUGCAGUGAGAUUUGUGGAACUAAUCAUGCCUUUACGCGUGCGCCCGGAAACAUAGGCCGACUGCUGAGCCCACUCUGGCUCAGCCGCACCACCCCGGGUGCGAGCCACCUGAGAAGCAAGCUAUUACAGCGAGCGGCUGGAGCUGUAGGGAGCCAAGGAGCAAGGCGGUAGAUAAGAUAGAAGAAGGGGCCAGGCUCCCGGUAGAGCAGAGGAGACGGUUAGGAUAACAAACUUGAA